UCGAUUAGUCUACCUCGGUGCAGCGGAAUGCAGGUGAGGCGCUGACGUCGCCUUCAGGUGAGCUGGCAGCGCUCCUUCGCAUCCUGAUUGGAAAAUGGCCGCUGCGGUCCGGUGGGCGAUACAGAGCAGCCCAUGGAAAACCAGACUGUGGUUUGCACUGCUCGCAAGGAUGCUUCUGUGGGCUACUGACCGUGGAGCUGAAGCUACCCCUGAGCCAGGGCAGUGGACGUUCACGGUCGACAAUACUUCAAGGCCACUGCUCCUGCAGAAAUCCUUGUUUGAAAACACCGAUAUUUACCUUAAAGUGAAGUCCUUUCAUUGUCCGGAAGUGACGAGAUUAACAAUCAAGUGGUAUCUAAAAUAUUACCCCUGUCACAAUGAGUUUAACAAUAUUGAUGAGAUGUAUGAUAAAACAUAUCUCAGUCGUGGAGAAAGUCUUGAUCCAAACCCUUUUGGAACAGGAGAGUAUAUUAAUCACACAUACCAUAAUGUUGUCUGCCAUAACGAGCUGCAAGUCUUUCCAGUGUUAAAUAAGAGUAAUUCAUUGCCACGUUCAAUCUUGCCACCCUCAGCACCUGCUGAAAAGUACACAUUAUCUUCUACACGGACACAGAAUGGAACAGCUGAAUUUCACUCUCUGGAGGAUGUUAUAGUCACAGCAUGGAGAGAUGGGCCGUAUUUAUUAGUGGUUUCUUUUAAAACAUAUGAUGGAAAAGCAAACUGGAAUUUGUCAGUGCAAGUAACUAUGAAAGGCAGCCAUGGAUAUAUAUCCGUUACAGAAUGGCCACUGAUGAUUUUCUACAUGGUGAUGUGCAUCAUCUACAUUCUUUAUGGAGUGCUGUGGUUUCUGUGGUCAGCGUGCUAUUGGAAAGAUCUCCUGAGGAUCCAGUUUUGGAUUGCUGCUGUUAUCUUCCUGGGAAUGCUGGAGAAAGCAGUGUUCUGUGCUGAGUAUCAAAAUACCAACAUUGUAGGGUCAGCAUCGCAAGGACUGCUGAUCUUUGCUGAACUUAUUUCUGCACUGAAACGGACAUUAGCACGGCUACUGGUGAUCAUUGUGAGCCUAGGAUAUGGAAUAGUCAAGCCCCGACUAGGAACAGUGAUGCACAGAGUUGUUGGGUUAGGAGUUCUCUAUUUCAUCUUUGCAGCUGUUGAAGGAGUUUUGAGAAUAACAGGGGGUCGCGAUAAUGCUCCUGCCCUCAUAUCAGAGAUUGUGUUAAACAUGUUUAAUACCGGCUUUGUGUGGUUCAUAUUUGUCAGUUUGGCUCAAACCCUAAAGACAUUAAAAUUAAGGAGAAAUCCAGUGAAGUUAUCUCUUUACAGGCACUUUACAAAUACAUUAAUAUUUGCAAUAAUAGCUUCAAUAAUUUUCAUGAUAUGGACAACAAAAAAGUUUCGAUUGGCAGAUUGUCAGUCAGACUGGAGAGAGCUUUGGGUGGAUGAAGCCUUCUGGAGAUUCUUGUUUUCCAUCAUGCUGUUGGUAAUCAUGUUUCUGUGGAGGCCAUCCGCAAACAAUCAGAGAUAUGCAUUCACACCAUUAAUGGAUGACUCUGAUGAUGAAGAGAUUGAAGAGUUUUUGCUGUCAGAUAAUUUAGCUGAUGGCAUCAAACAAAGAUCAUCAAAAACUGAAUCAAAUGGGACAUCAAACCCUGUAGCUCAUCCUGAUGAAGACUUAAGAUGGGUGGAAGAAAACAUUCCAUCUUCACUUUCAGAUGUAGCCCUGCCAGUCCUCCUGGAUUCAGAUGAGGAAAUAAUGACAACAAAAUAUGAGAUGUCGAAGAUGGAGUGAUAUAAACGGCUGUUCUCUGUCAGUGGUUUGCCUGGCAAUAAUGAUGACCAAAUAUAUAACAGAUUGCCUGGUCAUUUGAUAAUUUAACUUAACGUAAUGAGCCUCUUCAGGGAUUGCACACUUUUUUUAUUUUAUAAAUAUCAUUCAUUCUCCAUUUCAUUCCUAAGCAAUAUACAAAAUGUUUCCAUUAUCAUUUUUGAAAAUGUAGUUAUGAAUACAGGUGAGGUCUUAAAUAUUGGAUGAAGUCGUAAAUGCGCUUUCAGUAUUACUGGUGUUCCAUGAUUUAAAUUGGAAAUGGGUCAUAUUUGACAGUUUGUCUAAUUUUUGUGGGCCUCACAAUAAGGAAAACCUUUUAUAUGCAAAACUGAGUAGUAUGCAGUUCAGGCCAAGCAAGGAAAAUAAAAAAAAAAGUCACUUUUUGUUUUCUUUCUUGGACUUUAUUUUGCUCUUACACUUUGUCAGUUCUUUGUCCAAAAUGGAAGAAAAAAGGAAGGAUUUUCUCAAAGCUCCCAAAAUACCAAAGCUAGACUUCUAUAAAACCAAUUACACCGGGUCUAUGUGGCUGUCAUUUUUAUAGCAUAUUAUUUUGUGAGGCUGUGCUGAACAAAAUCAAGAUAACGUCUGACACCAAGAUAUUUAACGGUUUGCAUUUCCUUUACUGGUGUUUUUCUGCUGUGUAGUAAAUAUAGUCUGACAUAAGUGUUUAAUCAUCGUGUUUCUGUCUGAGUUGUGUUUUGGAAUUAUGUUUGGAUUUUUGUUCUGCUCCAAUUUGAGAGUUAGAAACAAACUUUUUACUCUUUGCAUAGCAGAGAGUAUUACGUUGUCAGAAAAUGCAAAAUGACAAGUUUGCAUUCUUCAUGGUUUUUCUGUUAUUUGCCUUUAAAGCUGUUUGAAGUGUGCUUAACCCAUUGAAAGCCUUUAGUAUAAUGGGUUUUUUUCUUUGCUUUUGAGGAAUAGUUUACGAAACUCAGUUAAGCCAUUUAUCACUGAUACAGAUUAUUUCGUCUUAAAGCAAUGGUAUUAUUAAAUAUGAGGGAACAUUUUUUUUUCUCGUUUUAAUAAAAAGUGCCUCUUUUAAAGUCAGCCUUUAAAAGUAUGUAUAUUUCACUGUAUUGGGAACACUUUACAAAAAAAAAUAGGUAAUUAUCUUUAUUUCUACUGUACAAAUCCAGUAAAUAUGAGCAGUUCAGUUGAACUUUUAGGAGUACAAAUGUGACAGGGAGAUAUUCUGCAGUUAAAACACAUGCCAUGCCAUGGUUUCUGAGUGAAUUGCACACUGCAAAUUUUCUUUUUUCACCUAAACAGUGUUUUUAUCUAGUGGGUGGUAGGUUCACCAAAAAUAUUUUUUUCUUUAUUAUUUAUAUUUUUUCUCAUGCCUUCCAUGUUUUACUUUUGCUAUUGGUAUUGCAGUGAUGUAUUGCACAGAAUAUUGGUCGUCAAACGCUCUGCUCUGCUGAUGCAGUUGUGUUUCCAGUUCUUUUCCAUUUCAUUGAAUGGGUGUUUUUUCAGUAUUAAUUAAAUUAUUGUAAAUAUGAAAUAAAACGGUUUUAUUGGAAUUCAA